AUGGACUUUGAUACCGUCCCAGGGUUUUUGGCGACGUCUCGGAGACUGAAGAAACCUGUAUUGGGUGGGAUCAUGGCGCCUGGUCCGCCUGGUCCAACAGUGAAGGUGAAUAGGGAGGGAAGUGUGAAGGUGGUGAAGUUGUUGAUAGCGAUACAUGUGGAGCUGGUCAGGGCGUUGACGGAUCAGUCGAGAGACUCGCCGGAGGAAUUGGAGGUUGAAGAUUUUGUACCGCCGAUGGAUCAUGCAGCAUCUCUAGCCCACAAAAGAUUUGCGUCGCAUUACGUUAAGCGAGAAGAUCGUUCGUGGCAAGACUGA